AUGCGCACGCCCUGCACCACCGCAGGACACGUACGCGGCCGCUCGCCUUGCCCAACCUGACUUCGAUAACUGCGGCCAGCCCAUUGUGACUUCUGAGAACCAAGAAACCAGCCGAGGCACCAUUAAUGCUUACCUUCCUCUAAUCCUCUCCCUCCCCUGGGUUUCUUUCGAAUGAAGAGAGAGAAAAAGAGUGGCCGAGUAGGGUUCGAGAGGAUAUUUGGCCGGGCGUUGGAACUUGGAAGCAUUGGGCUCGGGGGGAUCGAGUGGAGCUGGUGCGAGUGCGACCCCUCGAAAUCUUAGGCUGCGGCGAUGGAUGCUGUGUGUGAAGUGUGUGGAGCUAUUGGUUUUGAACGUCUCCUGUUAUGUUGCAGUGACUGCAAGGGAGCUCAUACACACCAGUACUGUUUGAAAGAAGUUCUCUUUGAUGGAUCUUUAGAAGACUGGUUUUGUGACGAAUGCACUCAAAGGAAUAAUGAAAGUUCUCACAGCAGUUCUUUAGGGAAGGUGUCAAGUGAAAGGCCGCCAUCAGAUCAUGCUCAAUUUGACUCCAUAUCACAGCGGCUAAUUACCAGGUCCUGGAGUGGCUCAUCACAUCACUCCAGCAGCGUCAAGGCUGCCACCAAGAUGUCCAUGUCCCAUCCCCCUGCUGGGAUCCCUGCAGCGAACGAGGGUGGCGUGCGUUCCUCCCUGCCUCGGGAUUCCUACAUCGUGGACUUCUUCGACCCCAUCGCUUCCAAGCCACGGUCUGAGCCUGCCCAUGAGCGAUGGGAUCCCAUGCGCUCAGAGGGGGUGGUGGUCGUCCUCAAGAAGUCUCCAGGAGUGGGGGCCUCGGUCAGUGCUGAUGACUGGUUUGAUGACCUCUCUUGCAAGCCAUGUUCCCCGCCCGGGCCUUCACUUGGGCUGUUGGGAUCACUUCUUGGAAGUGAUCAAGCUCUGUUCGAUGGCGGUGGCCUAUGCAGGCCACGACGCUCGCCAUCUCCUUCGGUUCAAAGGUUGAGCAAUUCACCUGGUGGGCGGUCUAGCUCGUGUUUGGGUCUUGACGAGAUGGACGGGUCCUCUAAGACCGUCGUGCUUGUGGUGUCGCAAGGCGUGGCACCGGGCAUGGACUCGGACUCGGCAGCCCCAAGAACGGAUGCCCAGGAUGUAAGGGCGUCGUCGGAGGUUUCUCCUUCAGCCCUCGGCCGAGAGUUUGCAAGGCGCGUCACAGAACCGUUGCAAACCUCGGUCCUCAAGGCCGCGCCUCGACGUCGGUCUUGCCGCUCACCACCAUUGGCUUCCCUUCAUCGCAGUGGCCGUCUCGCGGCCAAAUCCCACUUGCGUGCUGCGAACGCCACGCUCCAGGCACAGAAGGUGCUCUCUUCGAAGUGGGAUCCCGCAACCCCCAAGCAGCAGCUGGCUCCUCAAGCGUUGAAUGCUUUCCACCACAGGAGCCGCUUGACUCGUCCAAGAGGCAAGCACUGCGGGUGCUAUUCAAAGUGGACCUGACAAAUGUCGAGCUCGUGCUCGAGGAUGCUUGUUAGCUUAAUUUGACAGCCUCCCUUUUGCUCGUUGCCGUUUGUUUGUGAUGAUUAUGGCAAUGGCCCUAUGGCAAUUAUGGCUGUUGUCGUCGUCUCGUCGCAAACUUUUCAUGUAAAUUAGGCCUUAGUCUGUUUUAUGUGUUUGGUCACUCCCUGCUUGGUAAUCCCUGGAUUACCCAGGAUGGUUUGUAACCAGUUAACCUCUGCUUCUACUUAAUGAAAUACGUGUCAGAAGGACACGUUCACGGAAAAAAAACAGUUAUUUACCACUGGAAUCAAUUUUACUGCUACUGCACCCCCUCAAUCUCCUGCCACUGGAAUCACUCAGGUGCAUAAACUCCCUAAUCCUAGUUUGGGUCUUUGCAUCUCCUGGUAUGAAAGGUAAACCAAUAGCCCGAUGGCUAUCUUGUUUCAUUAUUUUUAGAUUUCAGUUCAAUGAUUUUUGACUUUUCGACAGCUGCAUAAUUCACCACAUAGGUAACUUUCCAGAACAAGGCAUCCCAUACAGUAAGCACCACAAGCACAGCUUCUGAAUUUUACAUAUUUGCUUUCAGGACCUUGGUCCCACUGGGAGAAAGACCUUGCCUCGAAUUAGGUGUCAAGAUUUGCAUUCAGUGUGUAGUCUCGAAGCGGAGACUGGAGCUUUGGCUGUGUGUCUGCCAUCGCAUGUUCAGAGUAAGGCGAUCACACACAACCAACUGGCCCCAGAACUUGAUCCAGCAACCUUUGUUUCCCCUUCGCUUGCUCAAAUAACAGACACUGUUGGAGCUGCCACUAUCGGAAUAGUGGAGGAUAUGGUGGCUAUAUGACAGAGAGCUGCCCAGAAUGAUGCUCUCAAGGCUAAGGUUGAUGCUCUCAAGGACAACUCGAUGUGAAAAAAUCCUUGGUCCUCUUGAAAAAGAAAGAAUGGGGCUAUGCUGAUGGUAAGCUUCUCCUUGUGAUGAUCGUGGUCUCAAUGGCAUUCAGCUGCAUUGGUGAUGCUCGUCUUUCUGUGCUUGCAUCCAGCCGAGCAUAACAAUAUGAAGACCCAAUGUGAAUAUCUCAAGAGCCAGUUCAAGGAGAUUCCCGUUCUUAGAUCCAAUAUUGGUUCUCUGGAACAGGAGAAAAAUGCUCUACAAGUCGAGCACAGCACUCUGAAGACCCAAUGUCAAGCUCUCCAGACUCAGGUUGAGGAGAUCCCUGGGCUUAGAUCCCAGGUUAAAGCUCUGGGUGAGGUUGGAACUGCUCUCAGAGGUGAGAAAGCAGGGUUGGAGGCAGAAUUGAAGUCAGAGAGAUCAGAGCUGAAGAAAUUUCAGAUUGAGGCGAGAUCCUUGACAGAAAGGAUUGGGACUCUUGAGGAGGAGGAGGUUCAUUGGCGCGACUUGGAGAAGCGUCAGAAAGCUGCUAUUACGGGUAAUCUCCUCCAGUUGGUCAUCAGGGUUAUGAUUUCGUAAACAUUCCUCAUAAUCUUUCUUGGUUCAUGUUUACAACUUUUGAAGUUGAGCAGGAUAAGAUGAUCUGGGAUAAGUCUGCGCAGGAUUCUGAAAUCGGAAUUUUUCAUGCCGAGCUGAAGAAAUUCAAAAUCGAGGUUGAGUCCUACAAGAGCCAACUGACGGCUGCUACGCUUGAGAUGAAGGCAAUAGUGCAGAAACUGAAGACUUCAAAAGAGAGAGCCAAAUGCCACAUGAUUGAUAGUUCCACUUGCUGUUCAGGCUACCUUUUGGCACUUCUUGAGUCUGUAUGUUCAGAUUUCAACCUCUCCAGCAUCGACAGGACCUUCCAUUGACCAGAUCCUGACAUUGAAGUUCUGAUAGAGACAAACAUGGGCAUUAUUUGGAGAUUUGUUAAAAAAUUCAACCCCCAGUUCCCUGAGGAAAUUCCCAACAUUGGAGCGUCUGAUGAAUGAAAACGGUGUUGAUGAAUGAUGCGGUGGGUGUAAACUGAUGUACUCGUAUAUACAUUGCCGUUUAGUCUCGAUAUUUUAGUAUCUGUGCUAUUCAUACUUUCUUGUGGAUCUACAUGGCGCUGAUGUCUGGCUGCCUCAUAUAUAUUGAUGGUGGGGCGUGGGCAUCUACUGCCUCAGCAUUUCAUAGUUUCACUUUGGAUAGUUAGGGGGUGUUUAGUUUCCCUUCUAUUCCAAAAAUUUUGGGUUUUUGAUUCAUUAUUUUGUAUAAUGGAACUAUACACCAUGUAAAAUUUUUAGAAAUAAGUGGUUAUUCUCUA